UAGUCUUGUUCUCUUUUUCCUCAUUUUCUAUUGUUAACUGUUGUGUCAAGUACAUUGAUAAUGAGUUGGUGCUGUCAUUUGGAUUGUUUUAUUUCGUUUUAUAUUUUUUUUCCCAUUAUUUUGUUGUGAAAUUCCUGUCUGCGACAUAUGCCUGGUUGAAAUUACCCUUGUCAAUUGAUGUUGAAUAAAUUCUCUGUGUAUUUAUAUUUAAGAUGUAACCCUCUGGUCUGGAUUAGAAAGGGAAGAAAAUAUCUAAUAAAGUUUUGACCAAAGUCUAUAUGUCAGUGUAGUCAGAAAAUUCACUUAAAGAGAUUGAUUAGGACAAUUGGAGAAGGUGGUGUUUUCUAAUCAGACAAAUAGAAAAGAAAUAUUCUCUGGAAUAUAUAUUGGUUCUCAUUUUUACAAUAGUAACACUAUCAACUACACCUUAAUUCCAUACAAAUCGGGAUCGACUUUACUUAGGCUCAUCCAUACCUCUAGACAGCGUUCCCCGAAAAUUUAUAAAAAAAAUGGUGAAGAUUUGUUGCAUUGGAGCUGGAUAUGUUGGUGGACCAACUAUGGCAGUCAUAGCCCUAAAGUGUCCUGCAAUUGAAGUGGCUGUUGUUGAUAUAUCUGUUGCUCGUAUCGCGGCCUGGAACAGUGAUCAGCUGCCUAUUUAUGAGCCAGGACUUGACGAUGUUGUGAAACAAUGCCGAGGAAAGAACCUUUUCUUCAGCACUGAGGUUGAGAAACAUGUAUCUGAAGCAGACAUCAUUUUUGUUUCUGUUAACACCCCAACAAAAACUCGAGGACUUGGAGCUGGGAAAGCAGCAGAUCUUACAUACUGGGAAAGUGCUGCCCGAAUGAUAGCUGAUGUGUCCAAGAACGACAAGAUUGUCGUUGAGAAGUCAACUGUUCCGGUGAAAACAGCUGAGGCAAUUGAGAAAAUACUCACACAUAACAGCAAAGGAAUCAAGUAUCAAAUUCUCUCAAAUCCUGAAUUUCUUGCUGAGGGGACUGCAAUUCAGGACCUUUUUAAUCCUGAUCGCGUACUAAUUGGAGGACGAGAUAUCCCCGAGGGGCAAAAGGCAAUUCAGGCUCUGAAGGAAGUUUACGCUCAUUGGGUGCCUGAAGACAAUAUCAUCUGCACCAAUCUUUGGUCAGCUGAGCUGUCGAAGCUCGCUGCCAACGCCUUCUUGGCUCAGAGGAUAUCGUCCGUUAACGCGAUGUCAGCUCUCUGUGAAGCCACUGGUGCUGAUGUUACACAAGUGUCCCAUGCUGUUGGUAAGGACACAAGAAUAGGACGAAAAUUCCUAAAUGCCAGUGUUGGUUUUGGUGGUUCUUGUUUCCAGAAGGAUAUUCUGAACUUGGUUUAUAUCUGUGAGUGCAAUGGUCUCAAAGAAGUUGCUGACUACUGGAAACAAGUGAUUAAGGUGAACGACUACCAGAAGAGUCGGUUUGUUAACCGAGUUGUUUCCUCUAUGUUCAACACAGUUUCAGGCAAGAAGAUUGCUAUACUUGGAUUUGCUUUCAAGAAAGACACAGGUGACACUAGGGAGACACCGGCAAUUGAUGUGUGCAGAGGCCUAUUGGGAGACAAUGCUCACUUAAGCAUAUAUGAUCCACAGGUCACUGAGGAUCAAAUCCAAAAGGAUUUGUCAAUGAAUAAAUUUGAUUGGGAUCAUCCAAUUUGCCUCCAGCCAAUGAGCCCUGGUGUGAUGAAGCAACUAAAUGUAGUUUGGGAUGCUUAUGAGGCCACAAAAAGCGCCCACGGGCUGUGUCUUCUGACCGAGUGGGACGAGUUCAAAACUCUUGAUUUCAAGAAGAUUUAUGAUAACAUGCAAAAACCUGCAUUUCUGUUUGAUGGAAGAAACAUUGCUGAUGUGCAGAAGCUCAGAGAAAUCGGGUUCAUCGUCUACUCCAUUGGGAAACCUUUAGAUGGAUGGCUCAAGGAUAUGCCUGCUGUGGCAUAAAAGGAAGUUAAUGUUCCCUUCACCUGGAAUUAGCACUAAACAUGAGAGCAAAAUCCAGUUUUUAUUCAAUUCUUUAUCUUUUCUCUUCAGACUUAGAGCUGCUGUUUCCUAGUACCAUGGUUAAAAAUGCAUCUCUUUAUAUCUUGUUUUGUCAGUAUAAACUUCAAUGACCCAUUUAAUGGUAUUAUGAUCACUUUAUAUCAUAAUAAUUAAAUCUGGCUUGUUUU